CUUUCGUUGCAACUAAAAUCGAAAUUUUCAGAAAGCGUCAUAAUAGGUGGUGGAGGAUUGUGCCAAUAAUUUUCGCUUAGCAUGAAAAUAAAGAUGCCCUUCCGAGAGAAUACGGCUUUAUUACUAAAUCAUUACAAAGUAAAAAUAUCUAGAAUUAUUACUGAUACCACGACAAAGGAUGCUCUUCAAAUUACGGUCGAACUUAUUAAUAAAGGACUUGCAGCGAAAGAAUUUUUCAUAAAUAUUGGCAACUGUCAACAAUCAUAUGGGACAUUAAGACCAAUAGGUGUUAAGAAAAUACUAUAUCCAUAUGUUGGAGAAUCUGUAACGCUUAUGUUGCCUUUAAUAAUUGGUUUAAAGAAAAAAAUUAAAUUUAGUUGCGACGUUGUUGUAAAGACCAGUAUGAUGAGGAUCGCUGCGGAAGCCGGGUCAAAAAUCAUGAAACAGCCUAAUGCAAAUAUGGCCAGUGUAGCAAAGAGGACAAUGGAUAUUAAAAUACAUUCAAGAUGUUUUUGUGUCUGGAGAUGUCGCUGCCAUUGCCUUGAUAAAUUGGAAACUUAUAUUAAUUUUAAUGUUUGUGAAAAAAUGAACUAUAAUUCCGAAAGUGAUGCAGGGCUUCUGUUAAACUGCCCACCUGCAGAGCAACGAAAUGAUAUAUGCAUCAUGGAGAGCAGUAAUGCUAUCAAUAAUUCAAAAUCAUACAAUUCUGUUUUGUUUAAAAUUCUACGCUUUGCUCUUUGUAUAUUGUUAAUGCUGUUGGGUUUAGGAUUAUUAAAGGCUGUUUUCGGAUUUUUUAUCAAAUCAAUAAAUAAGUUCGGAUUUAAUGCUAUUCAGCCGGGAAUGAUUUUUGAAUGCACUUCUACAACAAGAAUUUUUCUAGUUAAUUGUUUCUUCUUUAUUUGUAUACCAUUUGUAGUUUGGUGCAAGUGCUUUAGACCAAAGGUCGAAGAUUUAAUGGCAGCUAGUACCGAAUGGUUGUGUAAUCCGCAAGCUAAUGAUGAAAACUCUAAAGAAAAUGAAUUUGAUUGCAAACGCCGUCUUUUAUCUGGCUAUCAGGAAACCGAACAUAGCAUGACCGAAAAUGUUCUCCGUGCACUUAACCGAGUACACGAAACUGAUUUAUUUGAAGAUGAAAAACAAGACGAUGAUGAAAGUACAGCUUAUAUUUUAGAAGUAUUGGAAGAGAGCAAAAACUCGCUAAGCAGAUUAGUAAAAUUAUAAAUUAAAUAACAUUCUU